AUGGUGGCCUCGAGUGACGCGAGUAUUUGGAAGCUUCAAGAGCUCGCCAACGGCCGGUACACGAUCCGGUCCAACAACAUUUUGACGAAGAGCAUCGGGCCGAGCUUGAACCGAGCGCCCGGCGUCAUCGACCCGAACCAAGUCUCGAACGUGACCGAGUGGACGUGCCGCGAGAUUGGCGACAAGAAGAUCACGCUCCAGAACGCCUACACCGGUGGGUACCUCAGCCGCUGCGAAGGCUGCCAGCCCAGCGCCCAGACGGCACCUUCCGACUCUGAGUCGACAUUUGCACUGGCGACGCCCCAUGGCAAUCAAGGCCUUGCGUCGCAGCAGUGGACGUACACGUACUUCUAGACACAUGUACAGCCAGUCAUCACCACGUCUUUAAUAACGCAUACUAGUACAUCGUACUUGAUUUUUUCAAGGGC